AUGCUGGAUUUAGAAAUUGUUCCUGAGCGAUCCCUGGGCUGUGAUGCCUGGGAAUUUGUAUUAGGAAUGCAUUUCUCUCAGUCCGUCGCCAUCAUACAAAGUCAAGUGGGCACGAUACGUGGAGUGCAGGUCCUGUACAGCGAUCAGAGCCCGCUGUCGGUGGACUUAGUAAUAAAUAUGCCCCAGGACGGCAUCCGGUUAAUAUUCGACCCGGUCGCUCAACGGCUCAAAAUAAUAGAAGUGUACAAUAUGAAAUUAGUUAAGCUUAGGUAUAGUGGCAUGUGCUUCAACUCGCCGGAGAUCACGCCUUCGAUAGAGCAGGUGGAGCACUGCUUCGGCGCCACCCAUCCGGGCCUAUACGACUCCCAGCGGCACUUGUUCGCCCUGAACUUCCGCGGGCUCUCCUUCUACUUCCCGGUCGAUAGCAAAUUCGAGCCCGGUUACGCGCACGGCUUGGGCUCGCUGCAGUUCCCCAACGGCGGGUCCCCUGUCGUCUCCAGGACCACUAUCUACUAUGGAUCGCAACAUCAGAUGAGUAGUAGCAGCAGCGGAAGCGGUCGAUGCGCCGCCCCCCUCCCCGAGCUUCCGCUGUCCUGCUACCGUCAGCAGCUUCAUUUGCGCCGCUGCGACGUGCUACGUUCGCCCUCCGCCACUCUGGGCCUGAGGCUCCACAUGUACACCGAAGGCUCGUCCCGCACCAGCGACGGCAGCCUCGCCACGCGGCGAGUGGUCCGCUUCGGCGACAGCUGCCAAGCGGUGGCACGGGCCCUGGCAGCGCCCGCCCGCCUCUACUACAAGGCGGACGACAAGAUGCGCAUCCACAGACCGACCGCGCGUCGCCGCCCGCCCCCCGCAUCCGACUACUUCUUCAACUACUUUACCCUUGGCCUGGACAUUCUGUUCGAUGCGCGCACGCACCAGGUGAAGAAGUUUGUGCUACACACGAACUACCCUGGCCACUACAACUUCAACAUGUACCAUCGCUGCGAAUUCGAGCUGACCGUGCAGCCGGACAAAUGCGAGUCUAACGCGCUGGUGGAGAGCCGCGGCGCGGUGACCAUCACCGCCUACAGCAAGUGGGAGGUGGUGUCGCGGGCGCUGCGCGUGUGCGAGCGGCCGGUGGUGCUCAACCGCGCCUCCUCCACCAACACCACCAACCCGUUCGGCUCCACCUUCUGCUACGGCUACCAGGACAUCAUAUUCGAGGUAAUGUCGAACAACUACAUAGCGUCGAUAACUCUGUAUCAGCCAGAGGGUACCCGCCCACACUACGCGGUCAAUUCGAUCGCG